AUGGCUCCUACAUCACAUCGCCCCCGUAAGAAGAGAAGAGAUGACCAGGUUUCUGGUCCUCGCAGCAAUGCCUUGAUCAUCACAGACUCAGACACCAAAGAACAGAAGCCAGCGUUCCCCUUAGUAUCUUUCUUACUGCCCGCAAAGGGGACCGUGUCACAAUGGGUGAUGCUGCCACUUAUCCUUAUGGCGGUAGGACUUUUCAGAUGGGCUACUGGCUUCUGGGGCUAUUCAGGUCUUGACAAACCCCCUAUGCAUGGCGACUUCGAGGCACAGCGUCACUGGAUGGAACUGACCAACCAUCUACCUGUCUCACACUGGUACUUCCACGACCUACAAUGGUGGGGCUUGGACUAUCCACCAUUGACAGCGUACCAUAGCUGGGUGCUUGGUAAAGUCGGCGACUUCAUAAACCCAUCAUGGUUUGCUCUGAACGGCUCUCGAGGACUUGACGAUCCUGAUUUGAAAAUAUUCAUGCGUGCCACAGUCAUUGUCUCAGAGUAUCUCAUACUGGUGCCGGCAGCAGUCAUCUUCAUCCGUCACAUGGGCAAGAUUUGCGGAAUCACCACAUGGGAGUCUUCAGUCGCUCUCACUGCUGUGCUCAUGCAGCCAGCAACUAUGCUCAUCGAUCACGGACAUUUCCAAUACAACACGGUUAUGCUUGGCUUGAUGCUUGCAUCCAUGUCAAGUAUGCUUGCGGGUCGCCAUCUGUGGAGUUGCGUAUACUUCGUUGCUGCACUUGGCUUCAAGCAGAUGGCACUAUUUUAUGCCCCAGCUGUGUUUGCUUACCUACUCGGCAUCUGUGUAUUCCCCCGGAUCAACAUUGGCAGGCUGCUGAGCAUAGCUGUUGUCACCAUUGCCUCGUUCGCAGCUCUCUUUCUGCCCUUCCUGCUUGGUGUGGCCUAUGACUCGUGGAAGGGAGUGUUCUUGCCAUUUGAUGCUCAAACUCCUCCGCUACUCGAAAGCCUCCCGGUGCAGAUGUCCCCCAAGGCAUGGUACUACCCACUCGUCUUCCAGCUCGCACAAUCUAUCCACCGUAUCUUCCCCUUCGCUCGGGGACUCUUCGAGGAUAAGGUGGCAAACAUCUGGUGUGCUGUGCAUGCAUCUGGAGUGCACAAGCUUCACCGGUACGACUCCAGUCUGCUAUCUCGAGCAGCUCUUGCGCUCACCAGUUUGUCGAUCCUACCGCCAUGUAUGGUCAUCUUCUUCAAGCCGAAGAAGGAGCUUGUACCAUGGGCGUUGGCAACUACAGCGUGGGGGUUCUUCCUUUGCAGCUACCAAGUGCACGAGAAGAACGUCUUGCUGCCUUUGCUGCCAAUGACUAUGCUCAUGGCUGGACACGGUGGGCUAAGACCUGAUUUGCGAGCAUGGAUUGGAUUCGCCAACACAUUGGCUUGCUGGACCAUGUUCCCCCUGCUCAAGAGGGAUGAACUCAGGAUUCCCUAUUUCGUUCUGACGCUUCUUUGGGCUUACCUCAUGGGGCUUCCGCCAACAACACUUUCGGCCUACAUCGGAGAGCAAGGUGUCUGGUUAUCGUUCCCCGUCAAGGCAGUGCAUAUUCUCUUCUAUGUAGCAAUGAUGGGAUGGCACGUUGCCGAGGCAUUCGUGCAGGCACCUGCCAACAUGCCUGAUCUGUGGGUUGUUGGCAACGUCUGUGUAGGUGCUGCAGGAUUCGGCUUGUGCUAUCUCUGGUGUCUAUGGCACCUUGUAGCAGAAAGUGGGUUCCUGGAAUUCAGCAAGACAACAGACGACAAACAUAAGACGUUGUGA